AUGGCAGGGCAUUUUGGAAGACAUUUACUAAGAGUCGACAGAGAAGUGGAGAAGUUUGCGUUCUUCAGAGAGAACCUGAUCAAUUGGUACAGAUGGAAUUUGAAGUCGGCUGGUAUAGCACUCUUUUUCUUGGGAGUCAUUCCCGUGGGUUUAGGCUACAUUGGAUAUAAGUAUCAGACCAUAAACCAAAUUGCCGCUAGAAGAGACAAGCCUGUUUAUAACAAUAACUGGAUUCCAAGAACGUAA